AUGGCGACGGCAACAGCACUCGAAAUGGCCGAGAUUGACCUCGCCAAUUCGAUUGAGACCCAAGUCCAACAACAACGCCACCAGCAGAGUCACUACCAAAACAUGGAGUGCAGGAACCUUCUGUACCUGGAAGUGUUCUUUUGCAAAGGCUUCAGAACUUGGUCGCUUCCUGAGAUCCGUCUCUGCAACUCUGAAGACGCUCUGGCGGGAGGCCGCUUUGACCCCACGACCAUCUGGCUCCCCCAAGUUACCGACCUCACAUUGAACGUCAGUGGCGGCAGCGAUACUCAUACAUUUAUGGGCUUGCAGGAGUUGCUUACACGAUGCCCACGCCUGGAGCGGCUGACCUUCUCUCCAUUGGACCGUUCAACAAACCUGGACCGAGUGGCGACAAUCAUCAAGGACCAUUGUCCUAAGCUCACCUCCAUCUUGAUUCCGUUAACUCUCAAAAGCGACACAGAGAUCUGUAAAGUCGUCCGAGCAGUGACUCCUGGGCGACUUUUGGAGCUCCACUGUAAAGCCCCACGAAUCACAAAGGAUCUGCAGGAUGCUGUCCGGACGCACCGGGAUUCACUUGAGGUAUUCAGGAUGGCGGUGAGCUUUCACAUACGUGAGCCUGUCGACUAUGUGAAUGGCAGAGAGGUUUGGGCGCCGCAGGUAGCAGUGGAGCAAAUGCGGUUCCUUCAGGAGGUGGCGGAUUCGUUUUUGAGUCUCGGGGAGUUGAGUUUCUAUGAAAAGCGCGUGCGAACAACCGAGUUCGAGUUUUAUGACGCACUGAUGUACAGGCCCUGGAAGGGUUUGAACCUUGAACGACUGGAGUUGUUUGGAGGAGCUUACGAUAUGUCUCAGCGAGAGAGACAGGACCAGGAUUCCUUCCCCUCACUUUACUCAACUGUUGUCUGGUCUGCAAGACCUGGAGGGAGAUUCUGGUGCCGGUGCUUUGGAGGUGCUUUGAUGAACGGUUUAUGUGGAGGACAUUGGCAGGUGGAGCAGGAAGGGCAGGUGUUGAGCGAGGAUGCAGAUGCAGAGGGAAAGAAGGACGAGGACAGUAGGGAGUUAGCGCAACAGCAGCAGAAGGAAAGAGAGGAGGAACAAUGCAAGAGUCUGGUGGAGUUGGAUGUGUUCUUUUUCCGGAAAUCAGGAUGGGGCAAGGUCGUGCACGCCAUCCCACCACCAGCCUAUGCGCAAGUCCUCCAUCUAAACCGGCAUCUGAGAAAAGUCGGGCUCACGGCUCACGAGGCUAAACCGCAGCCCAUCAACGCCACUGCGCUCUCGAGAUGUUUGCGACUGAAGGAGCUCAGCAUCAACAACUUUACCACCCAGGUAUCGUUGGAGCAGGAUUUGGGGCUGUUUUUGAGGCCGGCGGCGAGUACGCUGACACACUUGACCUUGAUCAACAUUCGAGGGGAGUAUACUCUCGAUACAACACCAUCGACAACAGCCACACGGCUUUGGUUCCCGAAUGUGGUCGAACUCAGAACGGACCUUUCACCACAGAUCACACCAGGGAUCGAGGACCUGAUUGCUCGGUGCCCGAACCUGGAACGGCUCUGCCUCUCUCCAGACCCGUCGCUUAGCUUGGAACCACUGGCGACUAUGCUUCUCCUCCGACUCCAAAACGGUUCGGACAUGUAUACUUGUUGCCCGAAGAUCCAUUCAUUGAAGUUUCUGUCAUCGACCAGCGAGGCGAACCAGAUCCACAAGGUCAUCGAAGCCUGUGGACCGUUGACACAACUGGAAUACAAGUGCAACAACUUGACACAGGAGAUCCAACGCGCCACAAGAGCUCACCGCGCCACACUCGAACACUUGAAGAUGUCGAUCAUUUUUUACUUUCGCCAAAGGAGCAGUCAAGCCGAUUUCGCAGAUACGAUGAUGGAACGGCCUUGGCGAUGUGAUCGACUCGAGGAACUGCAGUUGGUUGUUGGGAUUCUGGAACGGAGGAAGGAUUUGGAGAUGGAGUAUCUUGAGCCUGGGAGGGUGUUUGCGCAUGGGUGGAGGGUGUCGAUGGAUGUGCCUGUGGACCGGACGUAUCUAAAGCCGAAUUAUGUGUUGUUUGAGCGGUUCUUGAACCAUGUUUCCUCGUUGCCGGUGUUGAGGAAGAUGACUGCCCUCCGUGUCGAUUGUGUUCGAUAA